AGAUGCUGUCAAUGAUGCAAACCCCGCCCCUCUCAGGCGACGUUGUGCGGCGUUCUGCAUUUUCAUUGGAGCUUGUCUCAUGUGUCAGUCAGCACGUCCCUCCUCCAUACAGCCGUGGACAAACUGAUGCUUUUCACAGCGGCUGCAUGUGUGUGCAUGUCAGACUGGAGUGGUUCAGACUAUCAUCAUUUUUUCUUCAGUGGCAGUUCUCUCCCCUUUGGGCUACAUAAACUAUCAUUUGUCCGCCGACCGAGUGUUUCUGAGAUCUCCACCUUCAUCACCUGGAAAUAACAUCUGCAACUCUGUCAAGAGGAAUGUUCCUGGUACUCCAGCCAUAGCCUGCACUGGCCAGUCUGAAGCGAAAUGGGCUCAGAAGAGCGCAGCUCAGCCAUGUCACAGAAGAUCUCCUCCCUGUCACGCAGCAACAGCAGCUCCUCGUCCAAACAUGACAGCCGACAGGACAGCUGGGAAAUUGUGGAGGGACUGCGCAAAGGCUUCAGCAACGUUAUGGAGCCACAGAAACAGGAGGGCUACAUGCUAAAGAGGAGAAAAUGGCCCAUGAAGGGCUGGCAUAAGAGAUACUUUUUCCUAGACAAGGGCAUCCUGAAGUAUGGCAAGUGCAGUGCUGAUAUUGAGAAGGGGAAGCUUCAUGGCUGCAUUGAUGUGGGUCUCUCUGUCAUGGCCAUUAAGAAGAAAGCCAAGUGCAUCGAUCUUGAUGCCGAGGAAAACAUCUAUCACCUGAAGAUUAAGACACAGGACCUGUUUGAUGAAUGGGUGUCCAAGCUACGUCAUCAUCGUGUCUAUCGGCAAAAUGAAAUUGCCAUGUACCCUAAUGAGAAGUCCUUCUACUAUCCCCACUACCCCUCCCCCAACUCCCCUAGCAUGGCUGACAGUGCCUCUCUGAGAAAGUGCAUGUCUUUACGCCGACAGUCCACAGUGCAUUCUGCAGGAGCCUUUCCUUCAGGCUGUAAUAGUCAAGCCAAGGUAGCGGCCUGGCUCCAGUCAUCUGAUGAUAUGGACAAGUGCUCCAAAGACUUGUCAGUCUGUGAGGCCUACCUGCUGGAUCUCAACCACCUCCUUCAGAGUAUGGAAGUCCUCCAUCGGACCUAUUCUGCUCCAUCUAUCCAAGCCCUGCAGGCAUCUACAUUUGACAGCCCCAAAAAGGAAAAGAGAAUUCCAAGGAAAUGGCGCUCUAAGAACUACAACAAAGACGUCAAAACUACUCUGCAGGUUCCCAGCUGCAUCUCCUCCAGCUCUAUCCGCCUCCACGCCUCAAACCCCAACCUCUCCACCGCUGCCCUCGGCAAUGACAAAGUCGACCCUGAAUGCCUGGAUGCGACUUUUGACGUGGCCAAGCUGCAGGAGGAUUUCUGCCGUGUUGCCGCUAACUUGCACGCCACCAUGAAGUCCGCCCUCAGUUCACUGACGUCAGAGAAAGAGAGAUUAAAACAAUGCCUGGACCAUGAAACGUGUCCCCCUACCUCACCGCAGGUUGUUGGUUUGAAGAACGCGCUGGCAACGAAACAGGACUCUGUGGAUGAAUCCCGUCCUCUAGUGCAUCAAGUAUCCAAUGAGAGCAGAGCUUCACUCGCAGAGUCAUUGUCCGAGUUCUUUGACGCGCAGGAAGUUCUGUUGUCUGCUAGUUCCUCUGAAAAUGAGAUAUCAGAGGAUGACUCAUACAUUAGCGACAUUAGCGACAACAUUUCCAUGGACAACUUCAGUAACGAGACAGAAAGUGAGAGACCAAACUCAGGCUCUGCUGAAGAAGGCACUGUCCUUUGUCAGCGUAGAUCCUGUCUGUCCUCACCCAGCCCCAAUAACAGCACCAUCAGCCUGUGGAACAUCCUCAGGAACAAUAUAGGCAAAGACCUGUCCAAAGUGGCCAUGCCAGUGCAGCUUAAUGAGCCACUUAACACCCUGCAGAGACUGUGCGAGGAGCUGGAGUACAGCGAGCUGCUAGACAGGGCUGCUAACACACAGGACCCUUUCGAACGUAUGGUAUACAUAGCUACGUUUGUAGUAUCAGGUUAUGCAUCCAGCUACUACCGCACUGGGGGAAAGCCUUUCAACCCUGUCCUGGGAGAGACAUACGAAUGUGACCGGCCAGAUAAAGGCUUUCGAUUUAUUGCAGAGCAGGUCAGCCAUCACCCUCCCAUCUCAGCUUGCCAUGCAGAGUCUAAAAACUUCAUCUUCUGGCAAGACGUGCGUUGUAAGAACAAGUUCUGGGGGAAGUCGAUGGAGAUUGUUCCUGUUGGCACCACACAUGUAACUCUGCCGGGGUUUGGAGACCACUAUGAGUGGAACAAGGUGACGUCAUGCAUCCACAACAUUCUCAGUGGACAGCGCUGGAUAGAGCACUAUGGGGAGAUCUCCAUCAGAAACUCCAGCAGUGACGUCUGUCAGUGCAAGAUCACUUUCAUUAAGGCCAAAUACUGGAAUUCAAGUGUGAAUGAGGUGGAGGGAACCAUCACAGAUCAGAAAGGGAAGGUCAUCCAUAAACUCUUUGGAAAGUGGCACGAAGCAGUUUUCUGUGGAGACCCACCUUCAGCCACGUGCGUCUGGAGAGCCAAUGCAAUGCCUGUAGACCAUGAGCAGUAUUACGGUUUCACUAAAUUUGCUAUUGAGCUGAACGAGGUAGAGCCAUCCCUGAAACUGCUGCUACCACCCACAGAUACCAGACUGCGUGUGGACCAAAGACUGCUGGAGGAGGGGAACUUGGAGGCUGCAGAGGAGCAGAAGCAGAGGAUUGAGCAGCUGCAGAGAGAGAGACGGAGAGUCCUGGAGGAGAGCAACGUAACACAUCAACCUAAAUUCUUCAGGAAGUCAAAGGAUGAUACGUGGGUGAGCAACAACACAUACUGGGAGCUGAGGAAGGACGUUGGCUUUGGCCACAUAGAUUUUCCAACACUGUGGUGACCUGAAUUGCGGAUCACACACACAUUUCGACCUGCACAGCCUCCUACUGUGAUCCAGGCUGGUUCUGGUGAUGCCUGUAUUCCAGUCUUACCAUCCACAUUCAAUACUGGUCUUCUUUAUUAUAGCUCAUCAAAGUUAUUGCCUUAAUAGCAAGUGCUUAUCUAAGUUGUGUAAACAUGUUUAUGCAAGCAUAUUAUGAGAAUGUUUCAAUUUAGGCAAUUUUUGUCCAUAUUUUCACCUGUUUAUGUUACACUGUACAACUUAAACUGAGAAAUGGGAAACUACAUGGUAUAAAGGAUAAAAAUCCUUUUCAUAACUAGUCUAUGCUAGUUUAAAAAGAACUGAAGAACUGGUCACUUUAGCUGCCGUCUUAUCAUGAACAUUCUCUACCUCUGAGAUAAACUAGCCUUGAUAUGCCAUUGAUUAAGUGUACACAUCCGAUAUUUAUUCUGCACCUGCCUGAUGCCUUACUGGUUGUACUCAUAUUAAUUAAUUUAUUUUUUUGUUGCAUCUGUUUUAAAAAAAAAAAAGGUAUGUUUUGUAAGGAAUUCUUAAGAACAAAUGAGAAUUGUUCACAUGAUCCUUACUGAACCUUUCUUUGUGUCUCAUAAUGGUAAUUACUGCUUUUUGCUAUGACUACGUGAACAACUGUGUAACUAUGAGCAGCAGUAGCAAAUGUCAAAUCCAUCCAUUUUUCACUUUAUCCAAUGCACCAUUGUCUACCUUGGUCAUGGGCUUUGGGACCUGAGUGUCCAAACUAUGCUCCAUGAGCUCAAAUAAAAACUCUGAUGCUUUCUUC